CCCUUUCGCCGACCCACUUCCGCUGACGCCGGAGGUCAGAGGUGACAGGCAAGAUGGCUGACGGGCCCUGUGAACUGUUUUCGAGAGGAGCAUCUCCGUGACAGGACCUCGGCGAGGGCGGCUGAGGGAAGCCGAGUCGGGGCGCGAGUUUGAGGCGCCGGCCGCGGAUCGAGCGGGGCCGGGCGUGGGAGCAGCGGGAGCCCCGGCGGCGGGGCGUGACUGUUGAGAGGCUGGGGGAGCGGCCAGGGUGAGGAGCCGGCCGCCGGGGAUGCCCCGCCGCCCCCCGGGCCGCCGGGAAGCCGAGGGCCGCGGGGUCGCUUCAUGCCGCCGACUGGUCUCGAGCCCGCCAGAAUGAACAGGAAGAAAGGAGACAAGGGCUUUGAAAGCCCCAGGCCAUAUAAAUUAACCCAUCAGGUCGUCUGCAUCAACAACAUAAACUUCCAGAGAAAAUCUGUUGUGGGAUUUGUGGAACUGACUAUAUUUCCCACAGUUGCAAACUUGAAUAGAAUCAAGUUGAACAGCAAACAGUGUAGAAUAUACCGAGUAAGGAUCAAUGAUUUAGAAGCUGCUUUUAUUUAUAAUGAUCCAACCUUGGAAGUUUGUCACAAUGAAUCAAAACAGAGAAAUCUCAAUUAUUUUUCCAAUGCUUAUGCAGCUGCAGUUAGUGCUGUGGAUCCUGAUGCAGGAAAUGGAGAACUUUGCAUUAAGGUUCCGUCAGAAUUAUGGAAACACGUGGAUGAGUUAAAGGUCCUAAAGAUACACAUCAAUUUUUCUUUGGAUCAGCCAAAAGGAGGUCUUCAUUUUGUGGUACCCAGUGUAGAGGGAAGUAUGGCAGAGAGAGGUGCUCAUGUUUUCUCUUGUGGGUAUCAAAAUUCCACAAGAUUUUGGUUCCCAUGUGUUGAUUCAUACUCAGAAUUAUGUACAUGGAAAUUAGAAUUUACAGUAGAUGCUGCAAUGGUGGCUGUUUCCAAUGGAGAUUUGGUGGAGACAGUGUACACACAUGAUAUGAGGAAGAAGACCUUCCAUUACAUGCUUACCAUUCCAACAGCUGCAUCAAAUAUCUCCUUGGCCAUUGGACCUUUUGAAAUACUUGUAGAUCCAUAUAUGCAUGAGGUUACUCAUUUUUGUUUACCUCAACUUCUUCCCUUGCUUAAACAUACCACGUCAUAUCUUCAUGAAGUUUUUGAAUUUUAUGAAGAAAUUCUUACGUGUCGAUAUCCAUACUCCUGUUUUAAGACUGUCUUCAUUGAUGAGGCUUAUGUUGAAGUGGCUGCUUAUGCUUCCAUGAGCAUUUUUAGCACAAAUCUGUUACACAGCGCCAUGAUUAUAGAUGAGACACCUUUGACCAGAAGGUGUUUAGCCCAGUCCUUGGCCCAGCAGUUUUUUGGAUGUUUCAUAUCCAGAAUGUCUUGGUCUGAUGAAUGGGUACUGAAGGGAAUUUCAGGCUAUAUUUAUGGACUUUGGAUGAAAAAAACUUUCGGUGUUAACGAAUACCGCCAUUGGAUUAAAGAGGAACUGGACAAAAUAGUGGCGUAUGAACUAAAAACUGGUGGAGUUUUACUACAUCCCAUAUUUGGUGGAGGAAAAGAGAAAGAUAACCCAGCAUCCCAUCUACACUUUUCAAUAAAGCAUCCACAUACACUCUCCUGGGAAUACUACACUAUGUUUCAGUGUAAAGCUCACCUUGUGAUGAGAUUGAUUGAAAAUAGAAUCAGUAUGGAAUUUAUGCUACAAGUUUUCAAUAAACUGCUGAGUUUGGCUAGUACUGCUUCAUCUCAGAAGUUCCAGUCACAUAUGUGGAGUCAGAUGUUGGUUUCUACAUCUGGGUUUUUAAAAUCCAUCUCAAAUGUCUCUGGCAAAGACAUCCAGCCUUUAAUAAAGCAGUGGGUAGAUCAGAGUGGAGUGGUGAAGUUUUAUGGAAGUUUUGCAUUUAAUAGAAAACGAAAUGUUUUAGAAUUGGAAAUAAAACAAGAUUAUACAUCUCCCGGAACUCAGAAAUAUGUGGGACCACUUAAAGUGACAGUGCAGGAGUUAGAUGGAUCCUUUAAUCAUACAUUGCAGAUUGAAGAAAACAGCCUUAAACAUGAUAUACCCUGCCAUUCCAAAAGCAGAAGGAAUAAAAAGAAAAAAAUUCCACUGAUGAAUGGAGAAGAAGUUGACAUGGAUCUUUCUGCAAUGGACGCUGAUUCUCCUUUGCUGUGGAUAAGGAUAGACCCAGAUAUGGCAGUAUUGAGGAAAGUAGAAUUUGAGCAAGCUGAUUUUAUGUGGCAGUAUCAGCUCCGCUAUGAGAGGGAUGUUGUUGCACAGCAGGAGUCCAUUUUGGCCUUGGAAAAGUUCCCUACUCCGGCAUCUCGGCUUGCCCUCACUGACAUAUUAGAACAAGAGCAGUGUUUCUACCGAGUAAGAAUGGCAGCUUGCUUCUGCCUUGCAAAGAUUGCAAAUUCAAUGGUGAGCACGUGGACAGGACCACCAGCCAUGAAGUCACUCUUUACUAGAAUGUUUUGUUGUAAAACUUGCCCAAACAUUGUGAAAACAAACAACUUUAUGAGCUUUCAAAGUUAUUUUCUUCAGAAGACUAUGCCAGUUGCAAUGGCUUUAUUGAGAGAUGUUCACAACCUUUGUCCCAAAGAAGUCUUAACAUUUAUUUUAGACCUAAUCAAGUACAAUGACAACAGAAAAAAUAAGUUUUCAGAUAACUAUUACCGUGCAGAAAUGAUUGAUGCCCUUGCCAACUCCGUUACACCUGCAGUCAGUGUGAAUAAUGAAGUUCGAACUUUGGAUAAUUUAAAUCCGGAUGUGCGACUCAUUCUUGAAGAAAUCACCAGGUUUUUGAAUAUGGAAAAACUUCUUCCAAGUUAUAGACACACUAUCACUGUCAGUUGUUUGAGAGCCAUACGAGUGCUUCAGAAGAAUGGACAUGUGCCAAGUGAUCCAGCUCUUUUUAAAUCUUAUGCAGAAUAUGGACACUUCGUGGACAUUAGGAUAGCAGCUUUGGAAGCAGUUGUUGAUUAUACUAAAGUGGACAGAAGUUAUGAAGAACUGCAGUGGCUGCUUAAUAUGAUUCAGAACGAUCCUGUACCCUAUGUAAGACAUAAGAUUCUAAACAUGUUGACGAAGAACCCGCCAUUUACUAAGAACAUGGAGUCUCCCUUAUGCAAUGAAGCCUUGGUAGAUCAACUUUGGAAACUUAUGAAUUCUGGUACUUCACAUGACUGGAGGUUGCGGUGUGGCGCUGUGGACUUGUACUUCACACUUUUUGGCCUCAGUAGACCUUCCUGCUUACCCUUGCCAGAGCUUGGCCUGGUUCUUAAUCUAAAAGAGAAAAAAGCUGUCUUGAAUCCGACCAUAAUUCCAGAGGCCAUAGCAGGCAACCAAGAAGCUGUGAUUAAUCCAAGUAGUCACGCUCAGCUGGUUGGAUUUCAGAACCCUGUAAGAAUCACAUGUAUUACAGAAAAGGAAGAUGAUCACCUUGCCAAGGAAGCAUCAUGUAAUAUAUCAGCUCAUCAGCAGGGAGUGAAGAGGAAGGCUGAUACACCACUGGGGUCCCCACUAGAACCUGGUCAAAUACUGGAGAAGAAUGAGGAUAGCAGUAAAGUCAAACUGAAAAUCAGAUUUUCAAAUUCUCAAGAUGAGGAAGAGAUUGAUAUGGAUACUGUUCAUGAUAGCCAGGCAUUCAUUUCCCAUCAUUUGAACAUGCUUGAAAGGCCAUCAACUCCAGGGCUCUCUAAAUAUCGGCCCACCAGCUCCCGAUCUGCUUUAAUACCUCAGCACUCAUCAGGCUGUGAUGGCACACCCACCACAAAACCCCAGUGGAGUAUGGAACUUGCACGGAAAGGAACAGGAAUUCAUUUGGGUGUUUUUAAUCUUGAAGGUAAAGAACAAUCACCUUUGGAGAUGAGUAUGCAUCCAGUUUCAACAGCUCCGCUCUCAGUGUUUACUAAGGAAUCUACGUCCUCCAAACACAGUGACCACCAUCACCACCAUCACCACGAGCACAAGAAAAAGAAGAAGAAGCACAAACAUAAGCAUAAGCACAAGCAUAAGCAUGAUAGUAAAGAAAAGGACAAGGAGCCUUUCACUUUCUCCAGCCCAGCCAGUGGCAGGUCUAUUCGUUCUCCUUCUCUUUCAGACUGAGAAGGAGACAAAGGAGACCUUCCCCUCAGUGUCCAGAAGAAUAUAUAUGACUAAAGCUUUGUCCUCUGUAAAGAAUGAUAAAAGGAAAAAAAAAAAAAAGAGUUGCCUCUCAUAAAAAUUGAGAAUCCAUUUAAGUUCUAAACAUUUGGUUUAUAUUGUUUAUACAAUUGAGAUCUAAUUAGGAAAAUGUGUUUUAUAGUUCUGAAUAAACCAUUUCAUCACACACACGCACACACACACACACGCACACCCCCAAACCUCUUUUCGUAAAUGUCCUCAUAUCCACUGACAGUCCCCAUUCACAUCUUGGUCUCCAUGUGUUCUGCCAAAGUCAAUUGUGUUCUAAAGCCUUUGAUGGAUGUUAUGGGGCAAAGUUGUGUUUUAAAUAGAAGCUACUGCCAAAUAUGUGGUGAAACCACUAUUUCCAAUGAAAUAUUGUAUAACACCAUUUGGAACUACUGAAAAAUCAGACAGGCUUUUCCAUAGAAUGCUCUCUCUUGCGUGGUUUUUUUGUGUUAAUCAUAGAAACUAAGCAUCAGAAUUAAUGAACAAAGAAUACACGAUAUUUUCUUUGGCCCUAAAAUACUGGCAUUUUCAGAAGCAACUCUUUAAAAACAAAAUUGAAUAACUUUUUUGAUGGCACAAUUGGCAAUUAUAAUGUAAUUUAAUAGGAUUAUCAAAUCCACAAUUUUCAAAUCAAGAUAUUUAAAUUAUAAAUUCUUUUUUCAUUAAGUAUGAGUGAAUAUGAUCGUAUGUAGAAUAUGUUUGCUAAAUGUGGACAGUUUGUACACCCAACACAUAUUCUAAAAUAUUUCUAUAUAUCUCAAAGUAUGGUACCUUAAAAAGGUGUUUAUAUACUGUUUAUUAACUUGGACAUAGACAGUUCAGCCCUCAUGUGAGUAUUCCAGAAGCAUUUAAAAACAUAUGAAACAUUUUGUUUCAUACUUCAAUAGUUUGUAUGUUUGUGUGUUUUUAUUUUUAUUUCUAAAUUUACUGUGUGCUUUAUUGUUUGUUUAAAAAUGUUUUUCAUCCCUGUUCUAUUUUUAUCAUUUCCCUUAUCAUUAGAAAGUUAGACAAAAUACUUCUUCCCAGAAUAGGUAUUUCAAAGGGAUCCCAUAAUGUUGGACUUUUAAAUAUACUUUUAGUUGCAUUUAAAUUGUUUAAUAAAUAACUUUUUAAAUUGAU